AUGUGGUUGGUGCUUAUUGCCACUUUAAUUUUAUUUCCUUUUAACUCUUGUUUUCAUAUAUCAAAUCUUUGCCAAAAUAAAUGUUUAAAUAAUGGCACAUGUAUAAUUAACUCCGAAGAUAAACGUGAAUCCUGUUUAUGUUCAAAAGCAUUUUCUGGUGAUCGGUGCCAAGUCAAUAUCGAUGAAUGUUCAAGUUCACCAUGUCGUCAUGGUGGUUUAUGUAUUGAUGGUCUUGGCGAAUUUAUCUGUUCAUGUCCAGAAGGAUACGAAGGACGUUUUUGUGAAAUUCCAAUCGAUCCAUGCUAUCAUAAUCCAUGUGAAAAUCAAGGCACUUGUAUUCGUACAGGCUAUCAUAAUGAUAAGUUUCGUUGUGUUUGUCCAACAAAUUAUUCGGGUCGUUUAUGUCAAAUUUAUAUCAAAGAUUAUUGUGCAUCAUCACCAUGUUUAUCGAAUGCAACAUGUGAAAAUUCACCGCAUGGUUAUCGAUGUUAUUGUCCGUCGGAUGAUCAAUGUGAUAAAGCUAAGAUUAAGAAUUUAUCUUGUUCAACCCUAUUCAAUAAUACAAAUCAAUGUGUGUAUGGUACAUGUCAAGAUGGAAAAUGUAGCUGUUUUCCUGGAUGGAAAGGGGAUUUUUGUGCAGAUGAUAUUGAUGAAUGUAAAAUGAAUCCAUGUGUAAAUCAAGGAACGUGUUAUAAUACUCCAGGUUCAUAUCUAUGUUUAUGUCCACCCGGCAUGACAAAUAAAAAUUGUCAUAAUAUUCAAUGUAGUGAAUCGACAUGUCUAAAUGGUGGUGUUUGUUCUCGAAAAGAUAAUGGUAUUUCAUUUUGUCAAUGUCCAGCUAACUUCUACGGUCACCAUUGUGAACUUCUUGUUGUCAAUACACGCCAUAGUCAAGCAACAAUGGAUACAUGCCAGAUAAAUAAUUGUUCAUCAAAACGAAAUAAUAAUCGAUGUGAUCAUGAAUGUAAUUUUGCUCAAUGUCAGUUCGAUAAUUAUGAAUGUACCUUAAAACGUGAUCCAUGGGAUUUAUGUCCAAUAAAUGAUUGUUGGCGUUUAUUUCGUAAUGGUCAAUGUGAUGAAAAAUGCAAUAUUAAAGAAUGUCUAUUAGAUGGAUUUGAUUGCGAUCGACAAUUAUCAACAUGCAAUAUAAGUUAUUGUCAAUCGCAAGUUUUGAAUGGUAUAUGUAAUCAUGAAUGUAAUAAAAUCGGUUGUGAUUAUGAUCGUGAUGAUUGUGUACCAACAUAUAAUGAUGGUUUAUUGGGAACGAUUGUUUUACAACUUGAAAUAACUAAAGAAACAUUUGAUAAACGAAAAGAAUCAUUUCUUCAAAGAUUUAGUUCAAUAUUAAAUAGUCCAGUGAAAAUUUCAUCGAAUAAAGAUGGUAGUGAAUUAAUCCUACCUUGGUACAAAGAUGGAAAUGAUAAAACAAAACCGAUUGGUAUUAAAAUUUACAUCACAAUAUUGAAAACUUGUAAUUCAUCGAACUCUUCAAAUUGUCAAUUCGAUAGUGUUCGUCAAUCUGUAGAUUAUCUUGGAGCUUUGCAGCAAAACGGUGAAUUAGCUGAACGUUUACAAAUGCCAAUAUCGGAUAUUAAUAUUCUUCCGGAUAGUGCUCAACCCGUCAAAGAUAAAUCGAAAUAUAUUUAUUUAGUUACUAUAAUUCCAUGCGUCCUUAUUUUAACACUACUUGUUGGCUACGGCUUAAUGCAACGUCCAAAGCGUUUAAUAAAAGCUCCAGUUUGGUUUCCAACUACAUUAAUCGAUGAAAAUAAACGUGAAACUUCAUGGAUAAAUCGUAUAAAAACAAAAAAUACAAAUUUUGACAUAUCAAAUAAUAAAAAACAAAAACUAGAUCAUCAAUCUUUAUCACCUGAUUGUGAAACAAUGUCAAGCAAUACAUUGAAUAUUCCAGGUGGUCCAAACGGUGAUAUUAAUAUAUUAGAAUUGGAAAUUUCACGUCGUGAUCCAUUUGGAAAAUAUGAAGCGGACGAAGAAACAAAUUUAAAUUUCUAUAUCAAUAAUGGAGCCGAUAUUCAUAGUCGUUCGGGUUCGAAUCAAGAAACUCUAUUACAUUUAGCGUGUCGGCGUCGACGUUUAACAGCCGUUCGUGUUUUAAUCGCACAUGGCUGUGAUCCAAAUGCAAGAGACAUCUAUGGUGCUACACCGUUAUUACGUGCUGUAUCAGCUAAAGCAUUAGAUGUUGUACAAUUUUUAUUAACGAAUGCAAAUAUAUUAAAGUUAGACAUCAACGCAAGCACUUAUACUUAUGAAAGAGAUAACGAAGAAUUACCUGGUGAUAAUCCAUUACGAAAAGCUAUACGAGCACAUUACAAUGAUAUAGCUGAAUGUUUGUUAGUAGCAGGUGCUGAUGUCGAUGCAACUGAUCGUUGUGAUGCAUCAGUCGGCGGCAAUGAAACACGCAUAGGUCGUACAGCUCUACAUUAUUCGGCUAUUACAAAUAAUAUGAAUGGAGCUUUAUUGUUAUUAAAACAUACAGCUAAUAUUGAAGCACAAGAUGAACAUCUUGAAACACCUUUGUAUAAAGCAGCGUAUAAUCUAGCAUUUGCUACGUGGGAAGUUCUAAUACGUCAUGGUGCUAAAAGUCAAAUAGCAAACGAAGAUGGUUAUACACCGAAAUCGAUAGCAAUGAAACAAAUUGGUGCUGGGCCCUUUCGUUUUGGUCCCGAUAGUGAUGAAGUAUUAAAUAGUAUUCAACCAAAAUCAGAUGCUGAAAAACAUUUUAUUCAAUGGUUAAAAAAUGAAUGUCCACCGAAUUGUCAUCUUGAAUCAACAAAUGUUAAGAAAGAGCCAAUACGAAAAAAACAAAUUGUAAAAAAGAAAACAAAUUAUAUGCAUCAUUAUCCUCAAACAGCACAACUUCUCAAUAAUAAUUCACAUUCUCAACCGCCACCUCCACCACCUUAUACUAUGACGAAUUGUUAUCAGCAGCCAUUCUAUGGACAAUAUCCACUUCCAACACCGUAUACACAUGUUGAACAUUUUCAGCCAUCACCACCGCCAUCAUCACAAUGCGAAAUAGCUGAUCAAGAACUCUACUUUCCUAUAUCGUAUCCAUCAUUUAGUUUGUAA